GAACGCUAUGAAGGGUUGUCUCAAUGCGUUGGCUGUACUGUACUGUCUGUGAGAGAGGGUGUGGUCUAUAACUCGCCUAAACUCGAAUAUAACAGCGGAUCAGUUGCAGUGAUGUCUUCGAGUACAUCCAAUAUGUUUUGUUCGCGUUGUAAUGAAGGCUUUGAGGAAAGAGAAAAAAUCGUUAAUUCCGCUUAUUUGGCUCUUGAAUGGGUGGAACCAUCUGUGAAUAUAAGGGGGGGUGAAGUGUGGCAUCAGUCGUGUUUUGUUUGCGCCCAAUGUUUUCGUCCGUUCAGUAAAGAUGCGAUAUUUUACGAGUUUGAGGGCCGGAAGUAUUGCGAACACGACUUCCACGUACUCUUCGCCCCGUGUUGUGGUCUCUGUCACGAGUUUGUUAUCGGCCGAGUUAUCAAAGCUCUGAACAACAAUUGGCAUCCGAUGUGCUUCCGGUGCGAGUUAUGCCAAACACCUCUCGCAGAUCAGGGAUUCUUUAAAAACACUGAUGUGAACAAUGGGAAGGACUGCCGCCUCCCAGAAGGAAUAGCAGCCGUCAAC